GUUACGCUGCAGGCGGAGUAUUGAACACUAAGUAAUGGCUAUGCAGAUGCAGCUUGAAGCAAAUGCAGAUACGUCAGUGGAAGAAGAGAGCUUUGGCCCACAACCUAUUUCUCGAUUAGAGCAAUGUGGCAUACAUGCCAAUGAUGUGAAUAAAUUGGAAGAAGCUGGAUUCCAUACUGUGGAGGCUGUUGCCUAUGCACCAAAGAAGGAGCUAAUAAAUAUUAAGGGGAUUAGUGAAGCCAAAGCUGAUAAAACUGGAGGAAUUGAGACUGGAUCCAUCACAGAGAUGUUUGGAGAAUUCCGAACCGGGAAGACCCAGAUCUGUCAUACGUUGGCUGUAACAUGCCAGCUUCCCAUUGACCAAGGUGGAGGUGAAGGAAAGGCCAUGUACAUUGACACCGAGGGUACCUUUAGACGACGGCUCCUAGCAGUGGCUGAGAGAUAUGGCCUCUCUGGCAGUGAUGUCCUGGAUAAUGUAGCAUAUGCUCGAGGGUUCAACACAGACCACCAGACCCAGCUCCUUUAUCAAGCAUCAGCCAUGAUGGUAGAGUCCAGGUAUGCACUGCUAAUUGUAGACAGUGCCACCGCCCUCUACAGAACAGACUAUUCGGGUCGAGGUGAGCUUUCAGCCAGGCAGAUGCACUUGGCCAGGUUUCUGCGGAUGCUUCUGCGACUUGCUGAUGAGUUUGGUGUAGCAAUGGUAAUCACCAACCAGGUGGUAGCCCAAGUGGAUGGAGCAGCCAUGUUUGCUGCAGAUCCUAAAAAACCUAUUGGAGGAAAUAUCAUUGCUCAUGCCUCAACAACAAGACUGUACCUGAGAAAAGGAAGAGGGGAAACCAGAAUCUGCAAAAUCUAUGACUCUCCUUGUCUUCCUGAAGCUGAAGCUAUGUUUGCCAUCAAUGCGGAUGGAGUAGGAGAUGCCAAGGACUGAAUCGUUGUUUUUUUUUCCUGUGAUAAACCUUAAGUGCUGCAGCCUAAUGGAGAGGACUGCUCCCUGAGGUUCUUCACAGGCCUCUUCCUGUUGUGACUGCCAGGAAAAGGCUUCCAGGAAAACAGCUAUUAUAUCGGCUUUUCUUAUG